AUGUCAAGCCUACGGCGUAGAGAGCUGGAAUUCUUCAUGAAAACAUCCGAAGUAGAACAGAAGCGUAGACUGAGCCCUGAUCUGCCUUCAGUAGAGGAGUAUGUUGAGACAAGGAUGGGAACGAGCGCUGUCAAUGUCACCAGCUUCUUCAACGAAGUAUCGCUACCAAUCAAGGUACUCACCGACCCUUACAUGAAAGUCGUAUGGGACAAGACGAAUAUCAUAAUAUGGGCCACGAACGAUCUGCUGUCCCUAAAGAAGGAAGUGGGUCAACAAACAGUAGACAGCAUCGUUCCACUCCUGUUUCGCGAGUUCUGCAGCUUGGACUUGGCCGUCUCGAUGGUCGUGGAGACGAUUGAGAAGGCCGUUGAGGACUUUGAUCACGCUGCUUACAUCCUUACUGAACGAUACUCUGGCGACGAAUCUCUGAUUGGCAAUCUCAAGACGUACAUCAACGCAUGCAGACUCAACUGUACAGGCAACGGUCGGUACGGCGUAUCUAAGCACACAUUUGCAGGUGGUGUCAUGAUGCGUCUGGAAUAA